GGGAGGAUCAUAGGAUCAUAAAAAGUAUAAAAAUCGUUCUGGUAACAAACCCUCAGACACGCAGAAGCUUUGCUGAGAACCAUGAUGUCCUUCAAGACUGCACUGGGUCUGCUUCUCCUGGCCAUGGUGGUCAUGGUGGCUGAAUCCGAAUGGGGCAGUGAUAAAGGGAACUCUUACAGUUAUGACCUUUCCAAGAUGUCUGAUCUGAGGAAGCUAUACAACUCCAAAGUUUUCAAGGCAGAGAGGAUGACCAGGCCUCUAAAGGGGGUGACAUUCCAAGUAGGCAAACUUAGCCACUCUGGAGUCAGAGUCACUCUAGAAGACGGCACUAAAUGGCUGGUCCAUAAAGGAGACGGCUUUGGCAUCUCAUCCCAGACUGUUGUUGUGGCUGCCCGUCAUAUGAGCAAUACAUGGACGAUUGUUGAGACAAAAGAUUUUCGUGGGAGCAAGACAGUGUCUGACUUUGUGAAAGCUGGAGGAACAGACUACAGACUUUUGUUUGAUAACUGCCAUGAUGCAGCUGACAGGAUGAUGGAAGGUUAAAUUGACAACAAUUAUGUUAAUAUGAUAUGUAUGUGAAGAAAGCAUCACUAAUUAUUUUUUUGUUAAAUCAAUUUGAUAAUGCAUUCUUAACUGUUACACUGCUGUGUUUAUUAAAUAUUUGCACAUUUUUUAUCAA